AUGAGCUCUGGCGCUCGAGAAACGGUCGAGGAGAUCCAGAGAGCGCUGGAACCUCGAAUUCGGUCGCGUGAGGAAGUGUCGCACAUUCGGAGGGUGCUCUGCCUGCACCUACUCUCAACUUUUGAGAAUGGUCCUCAACCCGGAGCUUUGGCCUUGUCGGGCGCAGACUGUACCAUCAAAUCCACAUCUGGCGUGCGUGGUCUUCAGAGAGAUUACCUGAGGGCACUUCACGCCAACAUCAAAGCCAAACGGGAUCAAGAGGCAAUUCGACAGGCGAAUGAGGAAGGCAAGACUGUCAGUGCAAGGACGCUCAACGAUUCUGACCGCCUAGAGGAGCAUGUCGCCUCCAUCAAGCUCAAGAAGAAGCAACAACGGCUUCAAACUAUUGAGAAGCAUUUAGACCUUCUGGGCCAGAAGCCAGCCGCGUCGCCGGAGUUUUUACAAACAGAGGCAAUAUUCGAGGACGUUGUUCAAUUGCCAGGGGUCCCCAAGGCUGUCGUCAGCGGCUUCACUGUCGACAAAGCCUCAGCAAAGACCGACCUCAAGGCCCUUGUCGAUCGCCUGGAGAAGGCAGUGCUCAGGUCGAAACUCCUGCUCAAGAAGGAGGAAAAGCUGCUCGAGGAGGUCAGAUCUCGUUCCACGGCAACGCGUGGAACGAUCAGCGACGGGGCAAAACUUGUGGCGUUGAGCGCAACUCGAAACGAGCUCAUCAGUUGGAUGGAGGCGGAACUGGGCAAAGCUUCCCGUCUUGAUGAUUUACAGCCUGAAGAAGUCGAUGGAAGACGAGGAACUACGGCAGAUAAGGGACAUGUGCAUGAGCAGCUUGCGAUAGUGAAGGACAAAUACGCCAACUACGUCUCAACGCGCAAAACUCUCGUCCAGCUGCUUCAACAGCCUACACAGCCCGAUAUUAAGCCCCCAUUGGAGAACACAUCCCAUACUCAGUCCAAAAUCGCGCAGACCGUCCCAUCAACUCAUCUCAUCACGCCUUAUAUCGAGCGCCUAAUACAGGUCGGCCAAGAUCAGAGGAACCUAAUCGCACAAAAGUCGCACUUGAAUACCGUUCUAUCAAAGAAAACAGAAGCAACUGUUCGGGUUUUAGAUCGCCUGACUGAAGAAAGCCAGCUCAUACCUGAGCAUCCAAUGCCCGGCUCCGCAAGACGGCAGAAAGGGCUGGGGGCUGAUCCGCCCAGUGAUGACAUCGACUCAACUACAGAUCGUGUGCAGCCGUGGGUUUUCGCGGCGGACGCCGCGAAACUCGCAACACUGGAGAGUGUGGCAGAGAAAAUCGAAGCAGGACAGGUCGCUCUUGAAAAGUCUACAAAGUCUUUAACCGAGAUAGACCAGCUGCUGGGGCGCAACGUGAGCCCAGGAGACGAGUCUGCCGCAGACGAGGAUACAACAGUAGACGACAUCUGGCUGGCAGAGUCCGCAUCCCCGAGAAAAGCGCCCAAGCCGAACACACAUGUCAGAAACAAGAGCAACAUGGUCAAAGAGAAGGGGGAUAUCUGGUCUACGCUGGGCGGCAGUGUCGGUCUCAUCAAUGCCGAAGACUCCCCGCGAAAAAUGCUGUAG